AUGGCUGAGACAACAAGUGUCAACGGAACUCACACAGUAGCAGAGGGGGACAAGAAGCGAAAAUCACACCCUUCGCCUCUCCCCGAAGGACCAGGAUCAAUUGCCCUCACAACAGAGCCCAAGCGGCCAAAGACUGGAGAUGCCACGGAAACCGGCAGUAGCUUGCCACAAAAGAACACAGAGGUUACUCAAGUGGAAUUCAACGACACCCUCGCCAGCAUCUUGCGCGUUGCCCAGAGCUUGGACAAGCACAACGUUUUGACGGCCGUCGUCCCAGCGAACAUCAAUGGAGAGUCUGCCGAAAUCUCUGUCGCCACCAUUCGAUCCAAACUUGGAGAUGCACAAUACACCAACGUUUUCGCGUUCAAGGAUGACUUUACCAAGAUCUGCCAGCACGCGAUUACCACCAACGCCCAAUCACCAGAAAAAAAGGAGCACGCCCAGAAGCUCCUUCAACUCGUCUCAGCUCUUGUCAGUGACAAAUCUCAUUACACCAUUCGUUCGCAUGGCAAGAAGGUCCGGUCACGGGAGGAAAGUCAGGCAGUAGCACCAGAGCGGAGUGGGAAGGUUGCGCUUUUCCAGAGAGGUCCUGAGGGCUUUGUGUUUUCGAGCAAGGCUGGCGUCAAGGAAGACAGUCUGGAGCCAGAUGUGGCCAAGUCUGUCAUUGUCCCCACAGCAUCAGCCACCAACCCACCAACACUGCACGAUAUCAACACCAAACCACGGCCUAUGCCACGUCUUACAGAUCAGGAAAAAAAGAAGACUUCUGGAGUCGAGUAUUGCAAGUACACGCCAUUCACAUCAUUUGCACCAUUCAUCGAUUCAUCCAAUGCCGAGCUGAAUGCAGAGGACACGGCUACAGCAUAUACUGCACUCCAAGCAAAAUAUGCCAACAGGUUGUCCAAGACAGCCAAGGAGACGGAGGAACAACGGACGGCAAAGACACAGCUCACCAGCAUUUUGGAUAUCGCCAAGCAAUACCAAGAUCAGGAAAAGGUCGCAGACCUGAAGGAGGCAGACUUGACCUUCCUUUCAAACGAUGGACUGGAUGUCAAGGGUUUGCUGCAGAUCGCCAAGGCUUCCAAAGCAGACCAAGAAGAUUUGUCGCCUGUGGAAGCAAUUCAGCGGAAUGCAACCUUUCUCUACGAGCUUUACAAGCUGCAGGAGGAUAGAUUCGGAUCCAAGGACCAAACGGUUGGAGCUCGCGAGAUUGAGAUUGCGGCAACAUUGCGCAACUCGUUGUUGAAUAUGGCAAAUCAAAUUGCACCUUCUAGUCUUGUUACACCGGAAGCGAUCGGAGAUGCUAUGAGGCGAAUCCCUUACAAGGACCCAUCAUUUGUCGGAGCCCUGCCAGCAACAAAGCCAUUCGCCUUCCCGUCCAACUCGACUCGCAAUGGACUUCCCCCAACCGCUACAGGAUAUCCUGUUCAUAAUCCCGUAGGCCACAAGCGGCCAUUGCCACCUACCACUAUUAUACCUUCCGUUAGCGUCUCGCCUCAUGUUAACAUGACAGGAGGUUACCCCAAUGUCCCCCAGCCAACGCAUCACGCAUAUUCUGUUCCUCAACAGCCAACACAUCAAAAGACGUACUCACGACCGCGCUCGACGACCACCACGACCAUCACAUCAUCCACAUCCGCGCCGGCAGCGCCACUGCAGGUCAGUGCCAAUGGCGACGUUACCUUCAAGAAGAACUUUCACACUCUCGUCACCGUAUCAGGAGGAACACCCUCUCACUGGAGGCGAAACGACUCACAAAUUCCGUGCGCCAACUGCGGCACUCUUGUCUCGCCUAUCUGGCGGUUGGGCGUGCGCAACGAAAAGCUGUGCAAUGCAUGCGGACAGUACAACAAGAAGUGGAAUGGGCAGCACCGCCCUGUCACCUUGUUUCCGAACACUGUAACCCCCACCUUUAGAAAGUAG